GGCCACGCAUCAGCAAGAGACACACGCACGAACCGCCCUCGACAGUCACGAUACUCUCAAGGCUUCCCCUCCGUCCGCUCUCUUCUUUCCCCAUGGCGGCCACCGCAGCGACGGCGCCGGCCAAGAUGCGGGCCCUGCAGUACGAAGCCUACGGCGAAGGCGCCGCCGGCCUCAAGCAUGUGGAGGUUCCCGUCCCGUCAGCAAAAAAGAACGAGGUACUGUUGAAACUACAAGCAGCAACCGUCAAUCCAGUUGACUGGAAGAUACAGAAAGGGGAUUUGCGGCCUCUGCUGCCUCGUAAAUUGCCUUUUAUCCCAGUGACCGACGUUGCAGGAGAAGUUGUUGCUGUUGGUCCUGGAGUGGAAGAUCUCGCAGCAGGAGAUCAAGUUGUUGCCAUGUUGAACUCUCUUAAUGGAGGUGGACUAGCUGAGUAUGCUGUAGCACCUGCAAACCUGACUGUUAAAAGGCCAUCUGCGGUUUCUGCAGCUGAGGGUGCUGGUCUCCCCAUUGCUGCUGGCACCGCGCUCCAGUCACUGAGGUCCAUUGGUGCCAAGUUUGACGGAACCGGGAAGCCUUUAAACGUGUUGAUCACAGCAGCCUCUGGUGGCGUUGGCCUGUAUGCUGUGCAGCUUGCAAAACUGGCAAACCUCCACGUCACUGCUACCUGUGGCGCCCGUAACAUUGAUCUCGUGAAGAGCUUGGGUGCAGACGAGGUGAUGGACUACAGGACCCCAGAGGGGGCUAGCUUGCAGAGCCCAUCUGGCAAGAAGUAUGAUGGCGUUGUUCACUGCACCGUCGGUGUCAGUUGGUCGACGUUCAAGCCAUUGCUUAGCAGCAGCGGGAGAGUGAUCGACAUAACCCCCAACUUCUCUGCCAUCCUUGCUGGUGGCCUGCACAAGGUAACAUUCGCAAAGAAGCGCCUCGUGCCUCUGCUUCUAUGGCCCAACAAGGCGGACCUAGAGUUCUUGGUCGGGUUGCUGGAGAAGGGCAAGCUGAAGACUGUGAUCGACUCGAGGUUCCCGCUGAGCGACGCGGGCAAGGCAUGGCAAAGCAGCAUUGAUGGCCACGCCACUGGAAAGAUCAUCAUUGAGAUGGAGAGCUAACCAUCGUUUGUGCUGCUUUCACCAACAGACUUCCAUAGACGGUGGAGAGAUAUACUUAGAUGUAAACAUACAGACUAGUCAUUUGUGCGUUUGUUUUAUUCUGAUGGUGUUCGUUUUUCUUCAGCUUGUGUUCAAGAAUGUUCAGAGUGUGAGUUGCAAAAAAUAUAUCGAUUAGAUGUAAAUCAGUAAAAUGGUACAGUUGUGCUGUCAACAAUAUAGUUUGCUCAUGCUUUGUGGAUUA